GCUGCUCCCCCUCCCAACUCCAGAAGUUUGGUGAUGUUUUUGUGACCAGAAAUAGGCCACAGGAAGUGAACAUCAUUUCACUUAAAGUUGCCGUUUCCAAGAACCUAUCCUGAUGACACUGAGGACAUAUUGUGCAUGUGUCUGUCCUCAGCCAAGGUCCACAGGACAUUCACUUAUCUGAGUCCACUGCAAGUUCAGAAGCAGCCUGCCAGGCACUGGAGCCAAAUGAAGCCCCCAGGCCCUGCCCGCGUCGGUGCCAUCGUGCUGGUCCUGCUCUCGCUGCUGGCUGUGCUCCAGACCACCAGUGCCCAAAAGAAUGCCAUCGACAUCUACAGCCUCACUGUGGACUCCAGGGUCUCCUCUCGGUUUGCCCACACGGUCAUCACCAGCAGGGUGGUCAACAGAGCGGAUUCCAUGCAGGAGGCCACCUUCCAGAUAGAGCUGCCCAAGAAAGCCUUCAUCACCAACUUCUCCAUGAUCAUCGACGGUGUGACGUACCCAGGGAACAUCAAGCAGAAGGAUGCAGCCCAGAAGCAGUACAGUGCAGCUGUGGCCAGGGGGGAGAGCGCUGGCCUCGUCAAGGCCACUGGGAGAAAGAUGGAGCAGUUCCAGGUGUCGGUCAGUGUGGCUCCCGCUGCCAAGGUCACCUUCGAGCUGGUGUACGAGGAGUUGCUCAAGCGGCGCCUGGGAGUGUAUGAGCUGCUGCUGAAGGUGCAGCCCCAGCAGCUGGUCAAGCACCUGCAGAUGGACAUUCACAUCUUUGAGCCUCAGGGCAUCAGCUUUCUGGAGACAGAGAGCACCUUCAUGACCAAUGAGCUUGCAGACGCCCUCACCGUCUCACAGAACCAGACCAAGGCUCACAUCCGAUUCAAGCCGACGCUCUCCCAGCAACAGAAGUCUGCAGAGCAACAGGACACAGUCGUGGAUGGCGACUUCAUCAUCCGCUAUGAUGUGAACCGCACCCUCUCUGGAGGCUCCAUUCAGGACCCCAGUCUGGUGUCCCUAGGAAAUCCAGAGGGGCCCCUGGAGUGGGAGGUAGGAAAACCUCCUUUUGGCCCAUGA